AUGACCAAGGACAUAGGGCCUGAAGAAUAUCUUUGUACUGACUUUGAUUACUCGAAGCUAACAAAAACUCAAUUGAGAAAGAUAAUGUAUGAAAAUGGAGUUGAAGACUCAUUUCCAAUAACAUGCAAGAAGCAGAGACUUCUGGAUGCAUACAAGCGCAACAUCCACGAAAAGAUCGAGGAGCUGAAAGCAAAGAAGGGAAAAAUAUCGAUGGACAAUCCUUUUCAGAAGGCUGUGCCUUCAAAAGCAGAGAUUGAGAUGUUUGAGAAUGUUUCAGAAGUUAAAAGUCCUGAGAGGGCGCCAAAAGCACCGAAGAUAAGCAUUAGGAUGUCUCCAAAGUCAGGAGGGGCUUCUGAGAAGCAUGAUACAAAGAUUAAGCAUAAAAAGCAUGUGGAUAAGAGCACAGCAGGCAUGCCUUUGACAGCUAACGUUUCUGGCCUUGACUUUUGUAAUUCAUCUAUUUCAUCAUCUCUCAUGCUGAGCGGGUCAUCAGAAAAUGGGAUUGAAAUGCCAAGGAAGAGCGAUGAUGUAAGCAGCUCAGAUGUUCGUAGAAGGGCGUAUACGUCAGAUCCAACGCUUGACAAACUAGAGUCGAAAACAAAACGCUCUGGUACUGGUGCUAAACAGAGCAGUGGUGUUACUAUAAGCAGCAGUUCUAUGAAUGGAUGGAAAAUGAUCUAUGCAGCUGUAAUUGUUGCUCUAAUUAGUGGACUGGUGUAUAUCAGGAUUGCGUGCCCAUAUUGCAUAAAUGAUGCAUUUAUGUGUAUCAAGCAGCCUGAGCAUUCUAGAAUUGUUGAUGGAAAACUUGUGUGUGAUGAUGGAUUUGUAGUCAAGCAUGGGUUAGUGCGAGAUUAUUGUGUGAAAGACGACAGACACGAGAGGAUGAUGGCAUGGAAGAUACAUGAGAUUAAGAAGUAUUUGGAAAGGAGGAACGGAGAGUAUUCAUAUGGGAUGGCUAGCAGUCGAAUGGUUCCGAUUGAUACAUUAACAAAGGAGCCUGAACUGGUUGAGAGGAUUAAGAAUCAAGCAGGAAUUGUAGUGUUGGGCAACAUGAUGUAUUCAAUAAAGGCAAAAGCGCCUAUAAGAAUAUUUGUAAGAUAUUACAUGCGAAUGAUAAUAGCAAUUGCAAUACCAUUAGGAUUGAUGAUUGCAGUAGCAAAGAUGAUCAGAUCUAUCAAUAGGAAGAAAGAAGAGAGGCAAUACAUGGCUCGUAAGGUUGUUAGAGAUAUUUCUGACGUGCUUGUAAGACAGAUAUAUGUUUCUACUAAGAAUACUAACUUUCCGAGUUAUGUAUAUAUAGAGCAGCUUAGGGACUGUUUUGGAAUAAAUAAGAAGGUUUGGGCAGAUGUCGAGAAGAUGGUGGCAACCAACUCAAACAUAAGAAAAAUGUCUGUUGAGAACAAAAAAGCGUGGGAAUGGGUUGGGCCGAUUCUAUACAAGCCAGAGUUCAACGGAAGUCUGUUCUAA